UUCACGGAGCCGCUGCACGCUGCCACCGCGCUCAACGUACAGGGAAUUGCCACGCUACUGCAGCUGGCGCGACAAAUGCCGCUACUAAAGGCGCUGGUGCAUGUGUCGACGGCGUACAGUAACGCACCGCGCAGCUACAUCGAGGAGCAGGUGUACCAGCCGCCCUGCGACCCUGACACCAUCCUCCGCUGCACCACCACGCUGCCCAGAGACAUGCUGGAGAACAUCUCGGAAGCGCUGCAGGGUGAGCAUCCCAACCCCUACACCUUGACGAAGGCACUGGCUGAGUCCAUCGUCCACCGCCACACCGACCUACCCGUCUGCAUCGUGCGCCCCUCCAUUGUGACGGCUGCGUUAGCUGAGCCCGUGCCCGGCUGGAUCGACAAUGUGUACGGCGUCACCGGGAUCGUGAUGGAGAUAUCCCGCGGGACCUACCGCUCCGGGCUGUGUCGCGAGCGGCUGCGGGUCGACCUGGUGCCCGUCGACACGCUCGUCAACUGCUGCAUCCUGGCCGCCUGGAGGCAAGCCACCAAGAAGCCGGGACACUGUCCCGUCUACAACGUCACGUCGGGGUCUAUCGCGCCGUUGCAGUGGGGACACUUCACCAGACUGUGCGUCAAGUGGGCGAGAGAGAACCCCACCAAGUACGUGAUGUGGUAUCCCAACUUCUCGUUCACGGAGUCCCGGCUGCUCAACACGUUCUGGGAGCUGUCCUGCCACUUCCUGCCGGCCUUCCUGUACGACCUGCUGCUGCGCGCGCAAGGACGCAAGCCCAUCAUGAUGAAGCUGGCCCGGCGGUUCAAGAUGGCGGCGGCGACGGGCGAGUACUUUGCCAACCACGAGUGGCAGUGGGGUGUGGGGGAACUGCGCGCGCUGGGGGCAGCAGCGGAGAGCGCGCGCGACGGCCACGUGUUCCCCGCCUGGCCCGCUGAAUUCUCCUGGGAGUCUUACAUCGGCGCCUACAUGCUCGGCAUCCGACAGUUUAUCCUCAAGGACCCUGCCGACUCACUGCCGCACGCGAGGACCAAGUUGAAAAGACUGUACUGGGUGCACAAGCUGUUCCAAGCGGCUACCGGCUACUACCUGUUCCGGCUUCUGGCGGGUCGACUACGUUAGCUGUCAACCAUCCCCCUAUUGCACCUAAAGGCUACUGCCACCUCGUAAUGAUGGCAGUUUGGAUACAAUCAGGCCAAUGACGUCACACACUUCAUUUAAGCUUGGAACAAUUUAUGGCCCAUUACCAUGACCUUAUUUUAUAAUUUGCAUCAAGUUAUGUUUUAUCAAUGAAUUUUGCUUUUAAAAUUCAUGAAUAUUGGAAACUCAUGAAUAGGUGUAUUUUCCGAUAAAACGUGAUCUAAGUCUGUCACGCGCUAUAAUACUUUUGGAUGUCAAAUAGUCAUCAUCAUUAUGACGAACGACACAGCCGAAUCAAACGUGAACCAAACACCAGAACGAAAGGUAAAUUAUUGAACAAUUUAGUGCUGAGAUGUCUAUCUGUCCGAAUGAGUCAGAAAGAAUAAUGAACAGCAUUGGUUGUUGUCAGCGAGCUUCGAUAAAAUUUGUACUUAAUUCAGCUUCGCAUUAAUCAGAACGCAAAAAAAUGGCAUGAUUCUACUAAUGUGCAUUCCUAUUUCCUUUCUAUUACUCUGCUCUGAAACACAAAAUUGUCGCAAUUAUUUAGUCAACCCUUUACUGUUAGUUAAGAUUUAGUUUCGAUUCGAGUGCGUAAUGCAAAUAGGACGUAUUACUCUGUGAUAUGUUUCAGUACGCCUCACGGUUUUUCGAGGUGUGGCCACAAUGUGCGAGGAAUUUAUUCGUUUUUUAAUACUAGCAGAAUGAUAAAAUAUUUUUAUUUAAAUUGUAUACUAAUAAAAAAUAAAGCGGAAUGGAACAUGUUCUUACCGAAAGAAACACAACUCCUUCUGAAACCUUACUGAAACUUUGGUUAUUUUCGCUGCUUUGUAAAAACACACUGAGGCAAAUGUCUUGUGCAUCCGCACGUUUGCCGUGAUUCGACUAUACUACACAGAAACAUGGCUAUGUGUUUAUUUGUGACACACUUUGUGUUUCUCUUAUCGUUUUUAAUUCAAAUAUUUUAUUUAAAAAAAAAGUAUUUAAAAUCACUUAUCGAACAUCAAAAACUAACAUCCAUUCGAAAAUUUACGCCUCAGACCUGGCAAGAGUAAUCGCAGUAAACUCAGCGCCCUUCUUUUAUUAAAUAAAAUUUCAUCACAAAUAAUUUAGUACAAUAAUAUUCAUUAUUAAAUAGCCUGAGGGUGGUCGCUCCAUUCCUAAUCUCUGUGUUGAAUUUGGAAUUUUUCAAUACAUUUUUUGUUGAAAAAGUGAUCAAGUACAUAUUUGAUCGAAAUCAGCAAAGCAACGUGGUUUCAGUGUGACGUCAUUGUUUGUUUGUCUGGGAAGCAUACCUAACUGCAGCCGCCGGUCGUUGCCAGGGUGGCGGACAUUUGCAUACUUCAUUAUUGGGACAGAAUAAUGUUAUGAUUGCCAUUUACCUAAGACAUUAGGUUUAACUGUGUUGAUAUUGAACGAACGAUAUAAUAAUAUAGUUAAGUUAAAUCGACUACCGCUACAUAAAGGGCUCAAAUAAAUAAGUAUCGAUAAGUGUUAGGCAAGCGACUAGUCAAGCAAUAUUACAGAACCUGAUGUGACAGAUUGCCUGGGCGGCUUUUCCUUCUUCUUGUGUAAGUAAGACUUUAAUAAAAAGAAAAGUUUAUUAACCCAACAAAGAAAAAUGAAAUAUUUAAAACGCUUAAACUCACGCCCAACCUCGAUAUAUCAACUUCCUACCGAUCUUUUGGGAGUCCUUAUUAAAAUUUCCUACACCAAGUGGACGUGAAUAAAGCCAUUUUCAUUAUUUUGUUAGUAAUGACUUACGAAAGUUUUAAUAUUUUUUAAGAAAGAGUACCUAAAUACAAUCACCGACUGUAGCGUUUUUGCAAGGAAGCAUAAACUCUUUAUGCAGAGUAAUAUUGUAUUAUUUUAUCUUUUACUACUCAUAGAUACUUUCAACCAUAGAUUAAUUCUAAUUAAGAAAGAAAACGUAUCUGGCUUUAUCGUUAACUAAUAUUUUAUACGAUGCCUAUACUUGCCCAGGCUGUCCACACCUCACUGUUCUAUCAGUCGCCAUCAUUAGCAGUACAGGAGGUCUAUUACCAAAAUCGGAAGCCGAUGUUUCGAUCUGAAACGAAAGAACGACCAACCUCGAAUUAAUUCCUAUUACCAAAGUACUUCGGAUCCGGGCGGAUUUGCUAUCGGAAGCAUAGAUAUAACCAAGUAAAGCGAAGUUGUAGUUACGAUCACAAUAAUGUCAAGUCAAUUUGCGAAUAAAGUAAGCGAAAGACAAAAAGUCUAAUCGCGAACUUCGUAUCGAUAGUCGGAUCCAAAAUACUUUCGGUAUAGGAAACUGUACGUUCCGUGAACCAAAACUUCGCGUUUUGAUUUUGGUAAUAGAGCUCCUGUACUCACGCUGUCCUCAGAGGUCGCUACAGAAGGAUAUCCAUUCCAAGUUUAAAAGUAUACUUAUCACAAAUUCCAAAUAAUUGCAUGAGAUGGCGCUUUAACGCGAAAUUCGAACAAAAAUCUGCGCCAGCGCAUAUACACGAAGACAGCAAAGAAUAUAGAAACAAAAUCCUGUAGUGAAAAUUUUCUCUAGUCACGGUCAAAACAGAUGAAAAAAUAUUAUCAAAGAUGUUGAUAUAUUUCAAGAGUAUGUACGCCUACAACUUCGUACAGAGUUCUUACUUUUUCGAAAUACAAAUGAAUUUUUCGUUCUCAAAUAUUCUUGCCGGCGGACCGUAGAACGUAUUUCAUAAUAGAGUUGUACUAGUAUAUAACUGUAUUAUAAUAACAUUUUGUAUUAAAAUAAGAUUAUUGUAUCUAGAAGUUUGACAGAUACAGAAACCAUAGAGUAAACUGUAAUUUGGUCGGCUCUAAAAGUUUAGGCCUUAGAGGCUUUAGCAUCUUAAGAUUGUAAUAAUUAUUAUAAGUUAUACUUGAUAGCUUAAUUGAAUGGACAUUAUGUAAAUUUUACGUUUUAAUCUUUUUGUAGAGAAUAUAAAAAUAAAAUGUUAUCUCACUAAUUCACCCAUAAACCUACGAAUAUUCUGUAUUUUAUUAUUAUAAUGAACCUUUUAUGUAUUAAAUUAUUAAAAACUUAAUUCUUCUAA